AUGAUUAAACAACAGCAACUUAAGGCACAAAGCACCCAGGUCCCUCAGACCAUUACAUACGCCAUAUAUGCAUAUAAUUCAAAGACGGCAGAACAAACGCAAAGGUUGAAAUAUGGAGAUUUGGAGAUAGUAUUGAAAAAUGACCAUUUCGAAUUCGUUUGCAAGGGUGGUGCAGUGAUAUCAAAUAUGAAAGAAAUUUUAUUUAUGAAUUCAAAAAUUAAAGGAAUAACGGAUGAUAUAACAUCAAUUCCACCAGAAGAACAGAGAUAUUACGCAUUAAAUGCAUUUCCUAAAGUUUUGAAGAUUGGAAGAUUUAAUUUAAAUGAGGAAUUCAUAGAAGGUUUCCUAAACGACAUAAUGAAGAAGGCAGAUAAGGAAUAUGUUGCUGCUGUGUUAGAGAAGAAAGCAAAUUUGGUUUAUGUUAACGAAAAAGAUAAUGAAAUUAAAGAAAGGGUUGAAUGGUAUCAUGAAUGGACAUCAAAGAUUUUAAAAACUAAAGCCGAUACAGGAUGGGUUUCAGGAUGUUUAGACCUUAAAGCGGAUAAGGAAUAUGUUAACGAUGAGUUAGAGAAGAAAGCAGAUAAGGAAUAUGUUAACGAUGAGUUAGAGAAGAAAGCAGAUAAAACUUAUGUUAAUGAAGAAAUAAAACAAUCAGAGGUCUAUUUUACUCCGCCAUUUUUAAAUUUUAUGAAAUCAUCAGAUAAAACCUUUGAUAUAGAUUCUUUUGAAUGGAUAUGUUUCGAUGGAGUGACCAUGUAUUUAUUUUAUACAGCUGGAGUGCUUUAUUAUUUUAAAACAAAUGAUUUUAAAAACUAUGAAUCAUUUACUCCAUCUGUUUUGAAUCCUGAUACACGAAAGCCAAUCAUUAAUCCAAUAAUUUUAUAUGUUGAAUAUAAUAACGGUAAAUUUAUGGGAAUGAUAACGGUUGAAGAUGAUUUUUGCCCUUGUUAUUCAUUUGAUUGUAUCCAAUGGUUCAAAUGUAAUUUAAAUCAAGAUGCUAAAUUUAAAUAUCCAAAUAAUCCUAUUAGAUGUGUUAAUAAUAAAUGGGUACUAAUUUAUGAA